AUGUCGUCCACGUCUUCUCCUGUGCCGCCCGAAACGACCACCAACGCAGUUUCUGGGGCUAGAACGUCACUUGAGAUUGCAUUACCUACCUUCGAGGGAGAAUUGCAUCGUGGGAAGAGUUUGGAAAGGCGUUUGACCGCUACCAAAAAGAGACUUUUCAAAUAUACCGACUCAGGACGAGUAAUUCUGUGCGUGACCGGAUCGUCAAACUCAAAAGCGUGCUGCUCGUAUAGGAAAAGAACCGGAUUUCCGCGGGGCAGAGGUGACCGCACAAACCAUACUGUCCGUGGUUGCAAGGCACGAUUGAAUGCCGUGCUGAACCGUGACAAAGGAGUCUACACUGUUCGAAUCUCGAAGCACCAGUCGACUCAUAAUCACAGCGUGGGCCCCGAAGAGUAUACCUGCUAUGCGGAGACACGCAAAAUCGAAUCACCAGGGAUCAAGCGUGUUGCCAAGACAAUGUGGUUCGAAACGCAAAAAAUCUUGCGCUACCUGAAAGAAGUGUCUGGCAAGCCGCUUCAACAGAAGGAUGCGGAGAACAUGAUCGCUGAGAUGCGUCACGUUCGAGUGUCCCAGUUGUUGCAGGACUUUGGAGAGGGACCGGGGAACGCAGUGAGAAUUUUUCGCGAUCCUGCAACAAGUCUCACAAGCUGUAUCACCUUCCAGACCGCGCACAUGAGGAGGAUGGAGAGGAAGUUUCCAGAGGCUCUAUGCAUUGAUGCUACGCAUGGAACUAAUUGCAACAGAUACCGUCUCUUCAGUUUUAUGGUUACCGAUAAGUUUGGGAGUGGUGCAUUUGUGCAGCACGCUUUGAUCGACGGAGAAACAAAGUUGAACAUGAAGUGUGCGCUCAAAGCAUUUAAGGAGAACAACACAGCAUGGAGAGAUGUCAAAGUGGUUAUUGUGGACAAAGAUUUCACGGAGAUCGACGUACUAGCGGAAGAGCUGCCGGAUGCUAAUGUGAUUCUUUGUCACUUCCACGUCAUUGACUACUUACAUCGGGAAACCAGCAAGAGGAUCUACGGGUUCACGUCGUUUGAAAAACCGCAUGUGAAAAAUUUAAUUACACUUAUGGUACGGACAAAUGACGAACGUGAAUUCGACCACUACUUGCAGGAAUCCAAGCCCUUUGCAAAGAGAAACCUGCGUUCUACGACUACCUGA